AUGCGUACUGCUGAGUCUGAAAUUUCUAGUCCCCCGGCUUUGGUUGUCUCACCAGAGAACUCGAAUGUGGCAGUCUGUGGCAAACCACCUACAAAAAAUACUCAGGACAAGAACAUUCAUGAAGAGGAGAGCAUCAUCAUGAAGAAUAUUAUGUCAGAAUCGCUCGAUGAUACAGCUAUGAACUUCAAACUGCUUCUUAGUGAAAUGAAGGCAAUCCGUGCUGAGAUGCGCUUGUUCCAUAAUUCUAUGACAGAUCUAAUGACUGCCAUUAAGAUUCAGAGCAGCCGCAUUGACUCCAUCGAAACCAGAAUAUCAGUCUUAGAAGACAAGUCAAAAGGCUUACAACGCUGUGAAGUAUCGACUUUGGAAGAGACAAUGUCACAGUUGAAGUCACAAAUAUUGGAACGUGACCAAGACUUACUCGCUAAUGAUAUCCAGAUAGCGGGAUUCCCUGAAACGAGUAGUGAAAAUACCGCACAUAUUAUCUUGGCUAUUGCCAAGAAAUUAUGCGUGGACCUGGAUGAGCGCGAUGUGGUAUUAGCGGUAUUUAUAGUACGUAACGUAAAGAAGCUGAAGCAAUUCUCAACAUCUAUUACUUGCAGACCAGUUAAGGAUUUAAACGUACUAAAAUUUAAUUCCGAUGUUGAUGCUGUAUUCUGGGAAGAGUUGCUUUGCGGUGACGUAAACAGUUCUUUAACGGCUUUCAAUGCACAUAUUUUGUACCUGUUUAAUAUUCAUGCACCAAUAAGAACGUCUUACAUAAAAUGCCAAAGCUAUCCGUGGAUCACACCAACGAUUAAAGAAAUGAUGAAGCUAAGAGAUAAAUCUCAUGCAAAAUGUAAAGGCCAUAAUUCUAAAGGAGACAAAAAUAUUAUAAAGAUCUGA